AUGCCAAGGUUGUACAGGUCCUGUCUGCGCAUGUGCGGGGAAGUUAGUGCUAACACGUGUCUGUUCUGCGCGGUUCCGAGUGGUGUGCUGGGUUUCGGAGCUCCGCAGACAUCCCGAUUCAGCCAUGCUGGUGCUGUUCGAGACCGCGGCGGGUUACGCCAUAUUUAAGGUCCUGGAUGAGAGCAAGUUACAGGAAGUAGAUAGUAUAUGGAAAGAAUUUGAGACUCCAGAGAAGGCCAACAAAGUCGUUAAGCUUAAACACUUUGAAAAAUUCCAGGACACAACAGAAGCAUUGGCUGCUGCCACUGCCCUGGUUGAAGGCAAGAUCAGCAAAAACCUGAGAAAAGUCCUUAAAAAAAUUGCUGCAAAGGAAGCACAUGAGCAGCUAGCUAUUGCAGAUGCCAAGCUCGGAGGUGUUAUCAAGGACAAAGUGAACCUCAGCUGUGUUCACAAUACAAUGGUGGCAGAGCUGAUGAGAGGUAUCCGCAACCAGAUUGAUGGCCUUGUUGCAGGACUUUCUACCCGGGAAAUGUCUGCUAUGUCUCUUGGUUUGGCCCACAGUCUUUCUCGAUACAAACUCAAGUUCAGUCCAGACAAAGUGGAUACAAUGAUUGUACAAGCCAUAUCUCUUCUGGAUGAUUUGGAUAAAGAGUUGAACAAUUACAUAAUGCGUUGCCGAGAAUGGUAUGGUUGGCACUUCCCUGAGAUUGGCAAAAUCAUCACAGAUAACCUGGCAUACUGCAAGUGUCUUAAAGCUGUUGGUGAUAGAGUGAACUUUGCUACAUUUGACCUCUCUGAGUAUCUGCCAGAGGAGGUAGAGGCAGAAGUAAAAGCUGCUGCUGAAAUUUCUAUGGGUACGGAGGUAUCGGAGGAGGAUAUAAACAACAUCCUACACUUGUGUGACCAGGUGAUUGAGAUUACAGAGUACAGAGCACAGCUUUAUGAUUAUCUCAAGAAUAGAAUGAUGGCGAUAGCACCUAACCUUACUAUAUUAGUAGGAGAGUUGGUUGGUGCCAGACUUAUUGCUCAUGCAGGUUCCCUUCUAAAUCUAGCAAAGCACCCGGCUUCUACUGUGCAGAUCUUGGGAGCAGAAAAGGCAUUGUUUAGAGCACUAAAGACCAAAAGGGACACUCCUAAAUAUGGUCUCAUUUACCAUGCUUCCCUAGUUGGACAGACUACACCUAAGAAUAAGGGAAAGAUAUCCCGUAUGCUGGCAGCCAAGGCGGCUCUUGCUAUCAGAUAUGAUGCCCUUGGGGAGGACACAAAUGCUCAGAUGGGGGUAGAGACGAGAGCAAAAUUGGAAGUGCGUCUUCGAAAUCUGGAGGAGAAGGGGCUGAAAAGAAUAAGCGGCACUGGAAAAGCACUUGCCAGGGCAGACAAAUAUCAGCACAAAAGUGAAGUGAGGACCUAUGACCCAUCAGGGGAUUCGACUUUGCCUUCUGUCCCUAAGAAACGAAAGUUUGAGGAGGUUGAGCAAGAAGAGGAGCAGCCAGUUGAGGUCAAACCGAAAAAAGCGAAGAAACCCAAAAUAACAGAGAUAGAAGCAGCAGAAGAACCAGAAGUUGAGUCGACCCCAAAGAAAAAAAAGAAGAAAGUUAAAGUAAAAGUAGAAGAGGAAGAACAAGCAGAGGAAGAGCCUACAACUAGCACAGCUGAGCCUCCUAAAAAGAAAAAGAAGAAAAAGGUGAAGCAAGAGGAGGAAGAUUAAAGAUUGUGGACUUUUUUUUUUUUUUCUAAUGAACUGUUGUCCGUAUAUUUUAGUGCUGGAGAAGACCCCUGGAAAUGGGAAUAAAGGCACUUCUCUAAAUGUUUUCUCAUAUGCUAAGGAUUAUGUCAUGGAUCGCUCCAUUUUUUUUGCCUCCAGUUAUUUUUAUAGCUCAUCAACUAUUUGGCUCUGUUUCUCUUGCAUUGCAAUACAAAUGCUGCAAUCUUUUGAAAAUUUGUAAAUAUUUAUUUUGCGAAAAGAGCACAUCCUCACAAAAUGUUCUCUUUAUAACCAAUUUCUGUUUUCAGCUCUUUUCCGAACACCUUUCUACUUUGGAUGGAUGCACUUCUUGUGCAUGUGUAAAUAUUUUCGUCAUGCUUUUAUCAAACACCACUUUUAGAACUUCUAACUUUUUAUCAAGGUAGAAUUCAAUGUUUGGAUUUACCGUCUACGGUAAAACUAGUUGGUCCACUGUGAUAUGUAAAAAUCAAAUAUCCAAUUACCUUUUGAAUACCUGCCUCAUAGCAGUUUAUUUCGAGAGGGCAACACAGCUACAUUUUGUGUUCUUCCUUUGAUUAAUGAGACAAUUAAAAGGGCUGUCAUUGUUUUUUUCUUUCUGGAAAUGCUAGUUGCCUGACUGUCUUAUAGGCCACAGACCUGCAACAAAGCAUGUUGUUUCUAUGCGUUUCCUAGAUCCCUGACUAGGAUAACAUUGAAGAUGAGGUUUUAGUAUGAUCAUAACCAGGAAACUAGCGUUCUCAAUGGAAGAGUUUAGCAGAUGCAUCUCCCAUUUAUUUCACUUAAUGAGCCCCCUUCUUGUAUGUCAUGAACUUUUUAGUGCCCUACUUUUUAUGUAUGCAAUGGAGAACAAGGUUUACAUAAAAUUGGAAAGUCCAGACAAAAUUGAAGAAUCUUUGUUGCUAAACUUUAUUUGCCAAAAAAAUACAAAAUUAUUUUAUCAUC